AUGAAAACGUGUAGUUCCAGCAGUGUUCAAGGUGUCUUUAGAGUGAAAUAUAAAACCCCUUUGAAGGUUAAAACUCUGAAAGAAUAUAAAACUAGUUUGGAAAGAAGAAAGAAAAAUACGGAUACUAACCACUCUGAAUUACAUGCAAAACCCACAUCUCAACACUACGACAAUCUCCAGCAAGCCGAUAACCAGAAACAGCCACUAAAAGACACCACGAAUACACCAGCUAAAAUUAAAAUAGAAGAUAAUAACAAUCAAGAACCAGAAUCGACACAACAAGAUCACAACGAAACGCCUAACACCAAUAACGCUCAGCAACAAGGAAGUAGAUCCUUGCAGUGUUUGGAAACGCUUGCACAAAAAGCCGGAAUCCACGAUAUCACACCUGACGAUUGUAAAUUCGAUGUUGCCAAUACCUUGUUGAAUUUGGACAGGGGACACGAAUUCAUUAAACAAAGCGUAGACGGUAAGUUUUUUAGAUAA